AAGGGUUGGCUCAUGAAGACACUGCAUGAUGCGAAGCAAUUCAAAGCUCCGUGGUGGUGAUAAAGGGAAUGGAAGCUUGUGUUGUUACAGACAGAUGUUGUGGCAUGUAAACCACCAGUUCGGUACUGAACCAUUCUGAACCGACUUGGUACCGUUUGUGACUCCAGGAAGCCCGGGAGUUAUGAGGUGAAGGCUCUUCAUCAGCCUCAUAAACCCUUCGUUUUGCUGUUUCAGAGAUUUCACAGUAAUUUUUAAUCCUUGCAGGAUGAAUUACGCUCAAUAGAGAGCUCGAUUGCAAAUUGGUUUUAGAGCCUAUUUGAAUCCGUGGCUUUCUCGAUUGGUCUUCCGUUAGAGGAGACGCUGGACUCAUUGCACUUUAGGCGAGAAUGCUGAUGUUGGAGCCUGAUAGGUCCUGUGCAAUUCAGUCUUGCAAAUUGAGUGAAUGGCCGAAAGGUCGUGCUUCUGUUGACAUUGUCGUUCGUAGAGGAUCCUCCAAAAAGGCUCAUCAAUACAUCCGCUGCAGGUCUGGACUCAAAUGGAAUUUGUAAGGCCGUUAGCUGGUUGAACAAGUUUGUGAGCAAGUGCAGUGACAGGCAAGGCAAUUACACAGACCGACAGAAUGUACAGCAAGGUUAUUGCAUCUUGGAACAUCGUGAAAGGCCGAUUUCAGAUGCCGCCAUGUAUAGAAUUUGUUUUCCAAGAAGGUUUGGCAAGGUUGAGCUGCAAUGAAGAAUAUGGAUUCGUUCAGCAUUAGUCUUCUGGAGCCGGGUGUGAACUUGUCUUUGAGGAUCAGACAAGGCGGAUGUUACAAUGGACCCAAAAUAUGAGACGGAAAGGUUUACAGCAGCAGAGUCUAUGAAAAGUCUCUCUCUUGGAGAUGAGGCAGCAGAGCACUCAACCAUUGAAGGCCAUGAUGAUGAAAUGAGAGAACAUUCAAAAAGUGAUGAGCAUCGACAAAAAGAAACUUCCGAACGAGCAAGGGACACAGCCAGGGCAAGCAUACAACAGAUAGUCCUCCGGGGGAAGGCGCUCCUGAAGGUGAAUGAGGCCCCUGCAAAGGACCUAAUCGAGAACAUAUGGAGCAGGCUGCCGGAAGAGGUGAUGGAUUUGGUCCUGGCAUGGCUCCCUCUCUCUGCAUUCUUCCGCAUGCGCUGCGUGUGCAAGAAGUGGAAUCACAUCAUCUCCUCCCCAAACUUCCUCAACACAUACUCCCGGGUACCAUUUCGGACAGCUUUCUUCUUGCACCUGAUAAAGUUGAACGGUGUGUUGACGGCGGCGUGCCAUGAUCCAACCAACAACCGUUGGCAGCGCCUUCCUCUCGAUUCCAUCCCCGUAAAUGCUUAUAUUCAUGGGGGCGCGGGGGGAUUGUUCUGUUGCCAACGAGUCGUGAACUCGUUUCUUGUGCUCUCUGUAUGCAACCCCUUGACCAAGAAAUGGCGGGACCUGCCUCCUAUGCCGAACCUCAACGCCUCAACGUGCUUUGUGAAGAUGAUAGCCAACCCCAGGAACAACACAUACAAAAUUGUUCGCGUGGGGCAAUUGCAGCCCCUGCCAACAGUCCGUAACAACGGCGCGCGCAUUGAGCUUUGCACUGAGGUUUACGAAUCGGCAACCGAUUCAUGGGGGACGGUUGAGCACACUCCAACUGACCUCAGGUUCAUUCAAGGCAGCUCCAUUUGUGAUGGCGCUGUCCAAUGCCGGACGUCAACAACCAGACGUAUGAUUGCAUUUGACACAGCACGGAAGCGGUGGAUUGAAGUAUUUGCAAGGAACUUGGGUCCAAUCCUUGACUCCAAGCUAGUGGAUUGCGAUGGCCUACCUCACCUCGUCACACGUGCCUGGAAGGGUGGUCAGAUGGAGAGCAUUGAUGUGUGGAGGCAGAAACCAAGGUUUGCUUCAUCCUCAGGAAAUGGGGCUGUGGAUCCGUUCUCUGACGUGGAGUGGGAAGAAGUUGACAGAAUGCCCCCAUCCUUGUUCCGGCAAUGGUGCUCAAUCGCAGGUCCCUUCUACCAUGUUGGCGUGGGAUGUUACAUUUACUCCACAUGCUUAGCUCGCAACGAUACGAAGCUCGUCACAUACAAUUUGCUCACAAAAAAAUGGCAGCUCGUUGAAGGCUUCCCCGUCAGUCACAUCAACACUUUCCUGGGAGGAUAUGAGUUCCGACCUCGUUUGGACGCAGCAGUUUAA